UUUAGGAGAGCAAAGUGGAGGGGGGGGGCGAGGUAAUUGGCGCGUGCUGAAAUAUUCCUCUCAUUUUGUUGCGUGUGUGAAAAAAAAAAAGCAAGCAACUCCGAGGUCGUUUUCCGGCCUUCCGCCUGGGAUCUUUUGUCUUCCUCUUGCAGGGUUCAGGCGCCCCUGGAGUCGGCCGCGUCGCUCCUGGGGCUCCACGGCGAGCUCUGCAACCCUGACGAGGUGGAAAGCGCUAGCCCGAGAGAGAGAGAGCGAGCGAAACAAAUCUUAUCUCGCUUUCGUUUCACGCCGAGGCCGUGGCGAGCGUGCCAUUGGCUCCGUCGCAAGAGAGCUCGGCGGGGUUUCUCGCUUCCCGAGCUGUGAAAAAAAGUCGUCGUCCUCCUUCUCUUUCCUUCCAGCCGUUACUGGCCCAGCUCUGAGGCGAAAGGGGUUGAACCCGCCCCGGCUCGGACCCAGAGCUCUGUUUUUAGGGAAACAGACGGUGCGGGGGGGGGCGCUUUGGAAAUAAAAGCUCCGCAAAAAGAAGGGGAAAGGCGCGCUCUGGGUUCCGGCCUCCGAGCCUUCUCUGAGCCGGGAAGCCCUCCUCGUUCUCAUUCUUCCUUCCCUGCCCACUCCCGGCUCCUUGUUCCUCUCUUCCCCCCCCCCGCACCCUCUCGCUUCCUUUUACUUAAAGCGCCUUUCAGGAUAGGAGGGAAAACCAAAUUAAAAAAAAGACGGGAAGGAGAGAAAAUGGUGCAUGGUUGUAAAACAGGAGGAGGGCAUUUUUCAGCUGCUUUCUGGGACUGAAAAGUUGAGGGGGCCCAAGGAAGCAGCAACCGGCCGGGACUAAAACGACCCCCGCUCCCACCCCCCAUCAUCCCGCGCCGCCUUCUUUUUCUUUCCCCGCCCCCGCUCUUCUCCCUCUCUCCCUCCCCGGGAAGAAGGGGACUAACCUUAAAAAAAAAAAAAGCGCUGCCGCUGAGCAGAGAAAGGAGUAGCUUGUAGCUGGGGAGGAUGUUGCUACGGAGUUAAAACGAGGAGAAAAUUGCCCUUCCCCCGUUCCUAACCCCCUCCUUUUUUCCCCGCCACCAGUUUCUUUUGGCUUUGGCUCCAAAAGAGACAAUUCUCUUUUGUUUGUGAAGUCCCCCUCCUUUUUUUUCUUUUUCUUUUUCUUUUUUUCGCCCAGCUGGAGAAAGGAGGAGAAGGCUGGGGAGUCACCAUGGCGUCUCUCUUCACCAAUGGACCCUGCAUCCAAAGUGAAGCCGAAGUGGGUCACCUCUGCCGAAGCCUGGAAGUGGGUACGGUCAUGACACUCUUUUACUCCAAGAAGUCCCAGAGACCCGAGAGAAAAACGUUCCAGGUCAAGCUGGAAACCAGGCAGAUCAUUUGGAGCAGGGGGUCGGACAAAAUCGAAGGCGCAAUUGAUAUUCGUGAAAUCCAAGAAAUUCGUCAGGGAAAGAACUCCAGAGAUUUUGACCGAUACCAGGAAGAUUCUUGUUUCCGCCCAGAACAGUCUCACUGCUUUGUCAUCCUUUAUGGCAUGGAAUUCAGACUGAAAACACUCAGUUUGCAAGCCACUUCCGAAGAUGAAGUCAACAUGUGGAUCAAAGGCUUGAACUGGCUUGUGGCAGAUACCCUAAAAGCUGCUACUCCAUUGCAAAUUGAAAGGUGGCUUCGGAAACAGUUCUACUUUGUUGACCGCAACAGAGAGGAUAGGAUUUCUGCAAAAGACCUAAAAAAUAUGCUAUCUCAAGUCAACUACCGCGUCCCCAACAUGAGAUUUCUAAGAGAAAGAUUAUCAGAUGUGGAACAGAGAAAUGGGGAUAUCACUUACGGACAAUUUGUUCAACUAUACCAGAGUUUGAUGUACAAUGCACAGAAAGGAAUGGCUGUUCCAUUCUUAGAAAGUGGGGAGAGAUCUGAAUACAACAGAAUUUCUCUGUCAGAGUUCCAGACAUUUUUGCUAGAAUACCAAAUGGAGCUUUGGGCUGCAGACCUUUCCUUGGUACAAGAUUUUAUGUUUAAUUUCUUAUCAGAUCCAUUGAGAGUAAUUGAAGAACCUUAUUUUUCUUCAGAUGAGUUUCUCACCUUCCUGUUUUCCAAAGAGAACAGCAUCUGGAACUCGGAAUUUGAUGCCAUACGCCCAGAAGACAUGAACAACCCCUUGUCCCAUUAUUGGAUCUCAUCCUCUCAUAACACAUACUUGACAGGAGAUCAGUUCUCAAGUGAGUCUUCCUUGGAAGCCUAUGCUCGUUGCCUGCGCAUGGGAUGCCGCUGUAUUGAACUUGAUUGCUGGGAUGGUCCUGAUGGGAUGCCUGUGAUUUAUCAUGGACACACAUUAACUACAAAAAUAAAGUUUUCUGAUGUCCUCACCACCAUCAAGGAGCAUGCUUUUGUAACUUCUGAUUAUCCUGUUAUCCUGUCCAUUGAAGACCAUUGCAGCAUUGCCCAGCAGAGGAAUAUGGCUCAGAACUUUAAGAAGGUCUUUGGAGACAUGCUGCUAACCAAACCAGUUGAUAUCUCUGCUGAUGGUUUGCCCUCUCCAAACCAGCUGAAGAGGAAGAUUCUCAUAAAGCACAAGAAACUGGCUGAGGGUAGUGCUUAUGAAGAAGUACCAUCAUCUGCAGUGUAUUCGGAGAAUGACAUCAGCAACUCAAUAAAGAAUGGAAUUCUGUACCUGGAAGACCCAAUCAACCACGACUGGAAUCCUCAUUAUUUUGUCUUGACCAGCAGUAAAAUCUAUUAUUCUGGAGAGACAACCAGUGAUUUAGGAAAUGAAGAGGAGGAAGAGCAAAAGGAGACGAGCAACAGCACUGAACUUCAUUCUACUGAAAAGUGGUUCCAUGGCAAACUGGGAGCAGGGCGUGAUGGGCGCCACAUAGCAGAGAGGCUGUUAAUGGAAUAUUGUGUAGACACUGGAGCCCCUGAUGGCUCAUUCCUGGUGCGAGAAAGUGAGACCUUUGUUGGUGAUUACACACUUUCCUUCUGGCGCAAUGGGAAAGUGCAGCACUGCCGGAUCCAUUCUCGGCAAGAUGCCGGCAGCCCCAAAUUUUUCCUCACUGAUAACCUGGUAUUCAAUAGCCUCUAUGAUCUCAUUACUCAUUACCAGCAAGUGCCACUCAGAUGCAAUGAAUUUGAAAUGAGGUUGACAGAACCCGUGCCGCAGACAAAUGCACAUGAGAGCAAAGAAUGGUACCAUGCUAAUCUCACCCGGAAUUCAGCUGAGCGCAUGCUGAUGAGGGUGCCCCGGGAUGGAGCCUUUUUGGUGCGCAAGAGGAGUGAGUCAAAUUCCUAUGCAAUCUCUUUUCGGGCUGAAGGAAAGAUCAAGCACUGCCGUGUGCAGCAGGAGGGUCAGACAAUCAUUUUAGGCAAUUCAGAAUUUGACAGCCUGGUGGAUUUAAUCAGCUAUUAUGAAAAACAUCCAUUGUAUCGCAAAAUGAAGUUGAGGUAUCCUAUUAAUGAAGAAACACUGGAGAAGAUUGGGACAGCGGAACCAGAUUAUGGUGCCCUAUAUGAAGGACGGAAUCCAGGAUUUUAUGUGGAGGCCAACCCUAUGCCAACCUUUAAGUGCGCUGUCAAAGCUUUGUUUGACUACAAAGCACAGCGAGAAGAUGAGCUCACCUUCACAAAAAAUGCAAUCAUCCAAAACGUAGAAAAACAAGAAGGAGGCUGGUGGAGAGGAGAUUAUGGUGGUAAGAAGCAACUGUGGUUUCCCUCUAAUUAUGUAGAAGAAAUAACUAGUCCAACUGGCCUGGAGCCUGAGAGAGAGCAACAGCUAGAUGAAAACAGCCCUUUGGGAGAUCUACUCAGAGGAGUACUGGAUGUACCAUCAUGUCAGAUUGGUGGAGAGGAGAUUAUGGUGCAACAGCUAGAUGAAAACAGCCCUUUGGGAGAUCUACUCAGAGGAGUACUGGAUGUACCAUCAUGUCAGAUUGGUGGAGAGGAGAUUAUGGUGCUCUCUGAAGGGAAGAUGAUGGAACGAAGGAAAAAGAUAGCUUUGGAGCUUUCAGAGCUUGUAAUCUACUGUCGUCCUGUUCCCUUUGAUGAAGACAAAAUCGGCACAGAAAGGGCCUGUUAUAGAGAUAUGUCAUCUUUUCCUGAAACCAAAGCAGAAAAGUAUGUCAACAAGAUCAAAGGGAAGAAAUUUCUGCAGUAUAACCGAUUACAGCUUUCCCGCAUAUACCCCAAAGGACAGCGCCUGGACUCUUCCAAUUAUGAUCCCCUUCCUAUGUGGAUCUGUGGCAGCCAGUUGGUGGCGCUCAACUUUCAAACACCAGACAAGCCAAUGCAAAUGAAUCAGGCUCUAUUCAUGUCUGGAGGCCAAAGUGGCUUUGCACUGCAACCGGCCAACAUGCGGGAUGAUAUCUUUGAUCCCUUUGACAAGAACACCCUGCGUGGAAUAGUGCCACUUUCCAUCUCCAUUGAGAUUCUGGGAGCACGGCAUCUUCCCAAAAAUGGAAGGGGAAUUGUUUGCCCAUUUGUAGAGGUUGAGGUAUCUGGAGCAGAUUAUGAUAAUACAAAACAGAAGACCGAGAUGGUGGUGGACAACGGUCUGAAUCCUGCUUGGACCCCAAAGACUUUUCAGUUCCAUGUCAGUAAUCCUGACUUUGCUUUUCUACGUUUCGUGGUAUAUGAAGAGGAUAUGUUCAGUGACCAGAACUUCUUAGCUCAGGCCACUUUCUUGGUUAAAGGCCUAAAGGCAGGAUACCGUGCUGUACCUUUGAAGAACAACUAUAGUGAGGAUCUGGAAUUGGCCUCCUUGCUUGUUAAGAUAGAUAUAAUUCCUCUCAUGGAAAAUGGUGAAAUUAACCCAUUUGCAGCAUCGCCUUUCCGAGAGAGGUCUGUUGAUUCCCCAAAUCAGCUCUUGGCAGGCAGAGCCAGAGAAGGUUCCUUGGAAGCACGAUAUCAGCAACCAUUUGAAGAUUUCAGGACGUCACAGGAGCAGCUAUCAGAGCAUUUUGACAAUCGAGACAGAAGGUUCCUGCGAAAGACGCGGGUGAAUGGGGAUAAUCGCCUCUAGCUCCAGUUUGCCUGCUGGAAAGCACUCCUCCGGUGCUUGUGAUUCUCACGGAUUGCUGUGAACUGGUUUCUAUGGAAACGUCACAUGCUUUGGCCUACUUUCAGGCAGCUUUUCCAGUUUCUGUUCUGAAGGAUGUUCAAGUGAAAAACUUUUUUUUUUAGAAAAAAAACAUCAAACCACACAUCAAUCACUUUAUUGUUGAGGAGAAAAAAGACCUUCAGAACCAAAACAGAGGGAAAAAGUACUGAAUGUGUGUAUCUUGUCAGUAGCUAAGGCUCAACACAAAAUCCAGUCAGCAGUUUCCUUUUUCUGUGUCACUGAAGUUCCAGAGAGGAUAAUACCUCAGAGCUGCCAACAAAGCAGCUUUCCUUUACUCAGCUGAGAGAAGCUGAUUUUUAAAAAUUAUUGUUAAUUUUAUUAAACUUCUUAAUCACUGAUGGUGCACAGAAAAAGAUAUUUCCAUUUCAAGAGAAAGUACAAUUAUUCUCGUGGUAUUAGAGCACAAGCCCAAUAGGGCAUACUAGGCCCGGUCUUUGGGGCCGAGUCAAGCUAUGCAAGGUUUUAAAUCUGUCAGUAUUGAACAGAGCUGCCAAGUUUCUUACUUUGGCAGAUCUUGGGUUUCAUUAGCUGGGGUUUAAGUGCAGAAGACCAUCAGCAAAGCUGUCAAAUAGCCUCCUUUUAAUGCGAUCUCUUAAUGACUAGUGUGAAGCAGAAAUGGGCACCCCUGUAGAGAAUGGGUGACUUGAGAUUUCGAGAGGCAACUUUGAAAAGGUAGGAACAGACGGAAUACAUGAGCCAAAGCCAGCUCUGCAAGAGGUAGAGCUCUUGCCACUAACAUACUUCUUUGCUGUCACUACUUCCAUAAUGGAGUUUCGGCCACUUAGUGCUGGAGCAGAAUAAUAGUCUGGGGCCAUGUGCCCUACUGCAAUAGUUCUCAUGACCAGUAUUGCUGAAGAGAGGCCCUACAGAUCUUUGAAGAGUUAACAAGCUAAGGAAGCAUUUUUAGCUUCUCUGAGUUUUCAACACUGCACCUCUGAUUUUGGAGGAGAUGAUAUUUUUUGUAUAGGACCAAGCCAUCUCCUCUUUUUAAAGGAAGUUUUUCUCCAUGUUCUUUAGGUCAGGCCAUCUGCAGGCAGUUGUCAUUGUCAUGAUUUGCCAGUUGCCCAGCAUGUCAUAAUAUGUCUACUGCUACAGAAACAGUGAAAAUUACAUGCUGCUGUCUUUUGCCUACUAGCAAGGUGACAAAAAACCAAGAAUAGUAUUCAGUGUUUUUAUUUUACUUUUGCUGGAUAAAGGGAGAGCAGAUAUAUCCCAGUCUCCAGAGGCAAGCUUCACCAUACACGGUCGUGUGAACAAUGCAUUGUUUGACUUUCUGAAGAGAAGCUUAGAUCCUCUAACUCCACCAGAUGUAUGGAUAGAGACCUACCGUUUGUUGGGAUAAAUCAGGCUGCACAAUAAAAAGUUCUGAAUUAA